CCGUGGUUCCUGUGCCUUUAAGCCGGUGCGGAAGUAACUACUGGAAGGUCAGGUAUUUCCUCAAGUGAAAUUUUAACAGCACAGUUAUUUAACCCAGCAGGUCGCCACAGAGCUACGGGUCCGAGUUUGUACCUACAUUAUCAUUCAGCCGUCCAACGUGUUCUCGCUGUCUAACGGUUUAAUAAGUUACACCUGAUCCUCCUCAAUGUCUGGGUCAAAAUGCACGCGGCUGAGCGGGGCGCUGGUCAAACAACUGCUGGACUCAGUGGACAGUGUCCUGUUCGACUGUGACGGUGUGAUAUGGAGGGGAGACCAGGCGAUCCCCGGCGCCCCACAAGUAGUAAACCUGCUCAAGGAAAAAGGCAAGAAGGUCUUCUUCGUCACUAACAACAGCACCAAGACGAGAAAGAUGUACGCCGACAAAAUGUCAACGCUGGGGUUCAAUGUGACAGAAGAGGAGGUGUUCGGGACCGCGUACUGUUCCGCCAUGUACCUGAAGACAGUCUGCAAGCUGGACGGGAAAGUCUACCUGAUCGGCAGCAACGCGCUCAAGCAGGAGCUGGAGGCGGUGGGGAUCCAGCAGACAGGCGUGGGACCGGACCACGUUGCCGGGAAGCAGGCCGACUGGGCCAACGUGCCCCUGGAUCCGGAGGUGAAGGCGGUGCUGGUGGGUUUCGAUGAACAUUUCAGUUACAUGAAGCUGAACAGAGCCCUGCAGUACCUGAUCCAGGGCCGUCUGUUUGUGGGAACUAACAGCGACACCAGGCUGCCUCUGGAGGGGGGCAAGGCUGUGCCAGGUACUGGGUGUUUGCUGCAGGCCGUAGAGACGGCGGCCCAACGUAAGGCGGAAACAGUGGGCAAACCCAACCACUACAUGUUCGACUGUGUAGCCUCACAGUUCAGUGUGGACUCUGAACGCUGCCUGAUGGUGGGCGACCGCCUGGACACAGACAUCCUCUUUGGCUCCAACUGUGGUUUGAAGACCCUGCUGACCCUCACAGGGGUCAGCACUGUGGCAGACGCCGAAGCUCAUCAAAAGAGCGGCUGCGCGGACAGGCAAGGGAUGGUGCCUGAUUAUUAUGUGGAGAGUAUCGCAGACCUGCUUCCUGCUCUGCAGGGAUGAGACUACAGGUCUAUCAGGGUCCAUUGUCUUCUAAAAGGGAAUAAAGAUCAAACAUCAUCUCUUAAAAAAAAAAAAAGUCACUGUUAGCGUCCGAGGCCGUUCUGCUGACAGAGGAGACAAAGACUCAAGAGACACUGUUCAGAUUUUAUCCACACUGUCUUCAUGUACUGAAUUCUUAAUAACACCUGCUAAUUUUAACAUUAUAUUAAAUACAGUUUAUACAUAAGAACAAUGAUUUUUUUGUUUUAUUAAGCCUAUGUUGGAUUUUUAAGUCGUAGUUACCAGGGUGAAUGUUCCUUAUUUGGAAAAAACAGAGAUGUGAGUGAGCUUUAAAAGCCCUUUACCCUAUCUGUGACGCAACCUGCCUUAAGCAACUAAAAGGCAAACUCAAGGAGGAAAUGAGCACACAGUUUGGUAAGAGGCUGCAGUUUCAUCACUUCCAUUAUAUGCUUUCAGGUUUACAGCUUUUCAAUAUAAAUGAACAAGCAGGUAAGUCACAUGAAAUGCACUGGAUCUCUUUAACUUGAGCUUUCUUAGUAUUUGUGUACUAUUACACAUCAGCAGAUACGUAUAGAUUUCAUGGGACUGUAAAAUGAUGCACCGUUUGUCUUUUGUUGUUACUAUUGAAACAGACUGACAAUGUUAUUCAUGGUAAAGUGAUAUACUAUAUAUGUGACAUCCAGACUCACCCAGAUGUGAAAUCCAAAAAAAA